AUUUACCAUAUAACUGUACAGGUAAUUAUUGUGCUAAUUUAAGAGAACGGUAACCGUACCGUAAGCUAUAAGAAUGCAAACGCAAAUGGAUAUUAGAUGUGAUGGUUUACGAGUUGUACAUAAUGACGGAAGGCUUGUACCAAGUGCUACAAAUAGUGAAAGAGAGUUAUAUACACGACCAGGGGACCCAUACUAUGAAAGCUACCGUCUUGCCACAUUCACCAAUUAUCCCAAUCAAAACAUCAAUGUUAGGCAAGUCGCCAGGGCUGGAUUCUACUUCAUUAGUUAUCAGGAUCAAGUAAAGUGUUUCAGCUGUGGACAGAUAUGUGAAGAUCUACAACAAUAUGAUGAUAUGUCAUUACCGCAAUGGCAUUUACCAGAUUGCGAACAUUUACACUCGUUACAACCCAACAGAAACAAUCAUGCAAAUACCCCAGUACAGUCUGGGCUGUCUAGACCAAAUGAAAAUGCUACUUUUCGGUCACUACCAACGAGAAGACCCGCUCAUUCAAAUGUUCAUUCUUCUAGUAGUUUGCCCCGCCAACCUACCACUAUAACAAUCAACCAACCCCGAAUACGAAGUACAUUUACAAUUCAUGAACAUUCCAACAUUGAUCUCUUUCCAUGCAAUCGACCAGAAUCUCCACACAUGAGAAGUGUGGAACAACGCUUACAGACGUUUACAAGGAGCAAUUGGCCAGCACAUCGUGUCAGAGCAUCAAUUUUGGAUAUAUCAAGAGCUGGUUUAUUUUACUUAGGCAAUAGUGACCGUACCAAAUGUUGGUAUUGUAACGGAGGUUUACAGAACUGGGAACCUAAUGAUGACCCCUGGUAUGAACAUGCAAAGUGGUUUCCUGAGUGUGAAUUCUUACUUCAACAAAAAGGCAUUGAAUACGUUUAUCGCGUUUCUUCUCAAUUUCCAAACCUACAGCGCCCUGUAAUUGUUCGAUCUCAACCCCAACCCAGUGUAACUAUUCAUAUUAAUCGACCCGGCAGAACAACCAUGCCCACAGCAUCAACCACACAUACAACUUCAUCUACACGCAUAUCUGCACCAAGAUCUACAGUUGUAUCUGGCCCACAAUUCCUGCCUCCCAUGAUCCCAGGACCAAGCAUCAACAUCAUUGAUCCUCGGGAGCAGCCGAGAUCAAGAGAAGAAGAGUUAAACAGAUAUAUAACUACAUCCCCAUACAUUGCUGUGGCUAGGGGUAUGGGAUUUGACGAUGAAGCUAUAAGAAGUACAUUAAGAAGGCAGCAUGAACAAAGCCAAAGGUUUUUCUCAAGUGCAGAAGAACUUGUUGAUGCUCUUCUAAAUCAAUCCAACAUCACUUCAGCUCCUCAAAUUCCCUCCUCUUCAACUGCAGGAGCGACUGGAGGACCUAUUACUCCUCUUGAAGAGUUGCGGCAGUUAGAACAGUCGCGAAUGUGUAAAGUGUGCCAUCGCAAUCAAGCGAAUAUGGUUUUGCUACCGUGUGGUCAUGUAGCAUGCUGUACAACAUGCGGGAAUGAUGUUACUAACUGCCCUGUCUGUCUGGCUGAUAUUACAGACCGGGUGAGGUCAUAUAUUGGUUAAGAAUCACUGUCUGCACUUAGAGGUUCAGAAGUGCUAAUGCAUAGGCACCGAACCUGGGGUGGCAAGUUGGAGCGGCCACCCCUAAGUUCUGCAAUAUAUUAACCAGUAAAAUUUACACCUAUUUAGAAAAAGGCUUCUUAUAGAAUUUAUAUUACUGCAUUUAAAAUAGUAUAUCAACUAUAUAUAACUAGAAUAUGUGUCGUUUUGUUAGGUGUUAAUCAAAAAGUUCUUCACUAGUCAUUUUUACCUUUUUCUAGAACUGGCAUGGAUGCAUUUUAUUAAUCAUUGCGUGGUGGUGUAACUCAGCGUUAUAAUAACACGGAUUAAUGUAUCCACAGCUCGUGCAUGCUUACAAGUUACCAUGUAUGUAACUUGGUAUGUUUUGGUAUAGCUGACAAAUUUAGACAACACAAUAUUGGCAACGAGGUUGUAGCGUUUGGUAGGUUACCCAUAAAACACAAGCUUAAAAUGGUAGCAUUAAGCCUUACAAUUGGUUUUCUAUAGUCUAUAGGGGAUUUUUAAUAGGGCAAGCGGUCUAAUCACUUAAUACAUGGCUGUUGUUGAAUAAAUGUAAAUGGUGUACAUUUGUAUGUUGUAUGUUAGUGUACAAAUGUACUUUAAAAAAAUAUUUUUAUUCUUAGAAAAUAUUAUUUCAUCCAAAUUUUAACCUAAAAACGUGUACAGCUUUAUCGUUUUAAAUUUGAGCUGCUGAUUUUUUAUUUUGCACAAAAAAAAUCUAAAUUGCCUUACAAUUUGUGACCGCACAUUGAAAAACCUUAUAAUAUAUUUUAUAUUUUUUUCCAUAUCUUCAAAAGUGUAUUAAUUUUGUUCUGCAUGCAUUGUAUGAACUUGCCAGAUCAGUUGAUUUUGUAGUGAAUAUUGAAUGAAUGUAACUUAUUUAUCCUUGUGUGGUGGGCAAGGACAGUCAUUACAACACAGGUGUUUUAUGCAAUGCACUUCAUGCCCACUCACAAGUUACAACAGAUGUUACUUGUUUAUUUUGUUUUUAAUGCUUAAAAGCAAUGAAGUGCUACCCACAAAGUUACAUUCACGGUAAAGUGGGCACCAGGUGUGUAAACAGAACACCUGUGUUAUAACAACUGUCACUGCCCACACGCGAGAAAGAAUAAGUUGCAUUCAUUUAUUUGAUUUUGUAUGAUUAAUUUGACAUGCACUUUUAAAUGUACAAUGUUAACUAAGUGAUUUUUUAUAUAAUAAAUAUUAUUACCCAGAGU